AUGUCGGCCUCGACUAUCGGGACUUUUGAGACCGCGCACUCCGACGCGGUCCACGACUGCGCGUACGACUACUAUGGUCGUCGAGUGGCGACUUGCUCGAGCGAUCGAACGAUUAAAAUCUUUGACGUCUCCCAGCCGAUCUCAAGCACGGCGGACGACGGCCCGAGCGCGACCGGAGCGGGGACAAAUGCGACGUUAAACGGAACGUCCGUUAACGGAGUCGUAGGGACACCGAGCGCGGUGAUUGUCGGACACGACGGGCCGGUGUGGAGUGCGCGGUGGGCGCAUCCAAAAUUUGGCACGCUUCUCGCAAGCGCGAGUUUUGAUCAUCACGUGAUGAUUCACAAAGAGGUCGAACCCAAUUCAUUCGUGUGCGCGUAUAAAUCACCGAUGGGCACGCACGAUGGGAGCGUGAACGCGUGCGCUUGGGCACCGCACGAGUACGGCGCAAAGCUAGCAAGCGCGUCCUCAGACGGAUCCAUCUCAAUCAUCUCGUACAACGGCGCAAGCGGGAGCUGGAGCGUGGAGAAGAUCGAUCACGCGCAUGCCAUAGGAUGUACGGGUGUGUCGUGGGCGCCGGCGGCGAUGCCGGGAUCUUUGGUGAAUGCUCGUUCAGGUGGCGUCACGACGGUUGACGCAAAACGCCUCGUCACGUGCGGGUGCGACAAUCUCGUCAAAAUUUGGCGAUUUGACGAAUCACAAAAUGUUUGGGGAUGCGAGGCAACGCUUAAUGCGCACACGGAUUGGGUGCGCGACGUCGCUUGGAGCGAAAAUUUGGGUUUGCCCAUGAAUACAAUAGCGUCAGCAGGUCAGGAUGGAAAGGUGUUCAUCUGGACGCAGAGUGAGCCACGCGGAGUUUGGCAGUCUCGUUUGCUGCACGAGUUCGGUGCACCUGUGUGGCGCGUCUCGUGGAGCACGAUGGGUAAUAUCCUUGCCGUGAGUGAUGGGAAUAACACGGUGACAGUGUGGAAGGAAUCUAUCGACGGCUCAUGGAAUCAGAUCUCGGCGGCGUGA